CUCUCGAACGGUUCCAAAAUUGUUGGUUUUGUGGUUUGUAAUGGUUGCUCAUGGAUGGACAAAAUCUUUUUUUUCUUUAGGGGAAAAAAACUUAAAACAAGCAAUCUGAUGCCUUAUAUUUCAUUCCAAAAUCUAAUUUGAUCCUCACAGGUAUACUUUGAAAUAUAUAAAUAUUAUUACUUUAUAUUUAAAAAUAUGUGAUCACAAUCGAUGAGUUUGCUGUCAUCUCCACCUACUUGGUCGGAUGCCCCUGCCCGCUUUCGCCCAAAAUCCCACCAUCCCCCUAGUCUCUCUACCGUCUUCGGGCACUCCAUCUCCGACUUCCCUCCCAUUCCCAUCUUCCAAAACCCUAGCCCCAGCUUCCAUCGAAAUCCCGACCUCAAUCCGAUGCCUACCCUGUUCUGCCAAUUUUCAUGGUAGAUAGAACACGAAUCCACCACCGGCGCUUCGGAGUAGAAGCGAUGUCAUUCGCCACUGUCGCUACAUCUGCUCAAAAUUCAUCAACAGUUCCUCGUCCUGAUCGGCUUUACCCGCUGCCCAUUCGGAGGAAUCCCGUAAAAAUCCUUCCUUUCUCCAAAUUAACCCCUUCUCCAGCUCUUUUCUCGCAGGCGAGGUGGUUCGUGUUCGUCCAGAAGAGAGCCGCCCCCUGCCGGAAGGCGUCUCGGUGGCAAACUGGUGUCUUGUUAUCAGGUGGGAGUGUUGAUGAGAGUCCACAGAGAGAUGUGCCGGGCCAGCUGAGCUUGAAUGAACUCCUUUCAGUCGCUGAAGUGCUCUGCAUUGUCCCGCCUGCCAUCUAUUCGAUCGGUUGUCUCGUUGGUUCGGUGCUCCCAGGAGCGGCCAAGCCAUUUCAAGUGUCAUUGGGGAACAAGUUUUUUGUCUGUCAGUAUUUUCUCUUGGUCGGCGCCUUGGUGAUUGGAAGUGUGAUACGCUGGAGGCAGUGGCGGAGGCUGUAUAGGGUGAAUGAGAAUGGGUUGAAUGUUGAUUUGGUACGAAGAGUCGAGAAGGUGGAGCAGGAGCUACAGAGCUCGGUCACGGUAGUUCGGGUGCUCUCAAGGCAGCUUGAGAAGCUUGGGAUUAGGUUCAGAGUCACAAGGAAGGCCUUGAAGGAGCCAAUUAAUGAAACUGCUGCUUUGGCACAGAAGAACUCUGAGGCUACUCGAGCACUAGCACUGCAAGAAGACAUUCUUGAAAGGGAGCUUGGUGAAAUCCAGAAGGUCUUGUUGGCAAUGCAGGAACAACAGGAAAAGCAACUUGAGUUGAUCCUUGCAAUUGGGAAAGCCGGGAGACUAUUAGAUAGCAAGCGAGACUCUGUAUCGGAACAAGAUGGCAUUGGAACAAGUAGUUCAGUUCCAGGGAAGGAAGAAGCGAAAGAGCUGGAACUACAGUCAGGAAGACAUGGAGGAAACAACGACAAACCCUAGUUUAACUACUCACUUGCACCUUUUCUUCUCCAAAGACCUCAAGAAGCCAUUUAUGUUUGAUGUAACAUUGAAAGCAGUGUAUUGAGGGAAGUGUUAUAAAGAAAUAAGGAUGUAAACACGGUUCCAAUUUGAUCUAAAUUGCAAGAACCAUGACUGAAGAUAGUAUGAUUGUUUCGUAAAAGAAAAAAAAGAGUUGAUGCUAAGAACA